AUGAGAUCAAUUUCUUGGAGCCCUCGGGCAUUGAGUCUAGCAACACUUGCAUGCAGUAUCACUACUGUAGUAGCAACCUCCUUGAAAGACGUCUGCAUUGUUGACUACGUCCAGUCCAAACUCCCCGAGUCCGACUUUAUUCAAGGCAUUACACUUGACCCAUCCUCCGUUACGACGAACAUUGUUUCGAACGCAUCCAAUCCCACAGACGGAACAUUCUUCCCUGCGGCCAGCUUUUCAUACUGCAAUGUGACGCUAGCAUAUUCCCACAAUGGGCGCGGAGACCAAGUUCUCGUCAAGUACUGGCUGCCAGACCCUGCCAAAUUCGAGAAUCGAUACCUGUCGACCGGAGGUGGAGGUUAUGCCAUCAAUUCCGGCGAACAAUCCCUUCCGGGAGGUAUUAUGUAUGGUGCGGUUGCAGGUGCCACUGAUGGUGGAUUUGGAAGCUUCACGACGCAGGCAGAUGCCGCGAUGCUGAUCAGCAAUGGCACACUCGACUACGAAACACUGUAUAUGUUUGCAUACAAAGCUCACUGGGAACUCAGCAAGAUCGGCAAGCAGUUCACUCGCAACUUCUUCAACAUGAAAGAUGCUUCAAAGCUGUACUCAUAUUAUCAGGGCUGCUCCGAAGGAGGCCGAGAGGGAUGGAGUCAGAUUCAGCGAUAUGGAGACGAAUGGGAUGGUGCAGCUAUUGGAGCUCCUGCUUUCCGCUGGUCCUUCCAGCAGACUCAGCAUCUAUAUUCCAAUAUUGUCACGCAGACACUCGGAUAUUACCCGCCCCCUUGCGAGAUGGAAAAGAUUAUCAACGAAACCAUUUCUGCUUGCGAUUCCCUCGAUGGGUUGGUGGACGGCGUCGUAUCUCGCUCUGACCUUUGCGAAUUGCAUUUUGAUAUCUCCACUGUGGUCGGUAAGCCUUAUUACUGUGCAGCCUCGGCUGCCAGCUCUGGCUAUGGUAAACGCAAGAGGCAAAUGGCCACAGCCGCCACGCCAGUUCAAAACGGCACUGUCUCGAAAGAGGCCGUCGAAGUUGCCAAGGAGGUCAUUCGUGGUCUUCGCGAUUCAAAGGGUCGGCAGGUCUAUCUGUCGUAUCAAACCGCCGCCGACUUCGACGACGUUACGACUCAAUAUAACUCGGAUACUGGGAAGUGGGAGCUCGAGGUUGAUCAGCUUGGCGCUGAGCACAUCGCCUUACUCGUGGACAAGAAUGGCACGAAGCUGUCUAAUCUUGACGGUGUGACCUAUGACACUCUUAAAGAUUGGAUGAUCAGUGGAAUGCAAGAAUAUGGUUCGACACUGCAGACCAACUGGCCUGACCUCACGCCAUUCCAGCAGGCCGGUGGAAAAGUCAUCCAUUUCCACGGAGAGGCGGACAAUUCUAUCCCCACCGCUUCGAGCGUCAGAUACUGGGAGUCUGUUCGCAGUAUCAUGUACCCUGACCUGUCUUAUACGGAGGGCGCUGCCGCCCUGAAAGACUGGUACCAGCUAUACAUCGUCCCUGGUGCCGCUCACUGCGCCACCAACCCACUCAUGCCCAAUGGCCCUUUCCCUCAGACCAACCUUCAGGUACUCAUAAACUGGGUUGAGAAAGAUGUGAAGCCAGUAACCCUCAAUGCUACCGUCCUACAGGGCGAGCAUGUGGGUGAGAAUCGCCAGAUCUGUGGCUGGCCCCUUCGGCCAAAGUGGAAGAAUGGUAAGAUGCAGUGCGAGUACGACCAAGCCUCCAUUGAUACUUGGCAUUAUGACCUCAACGCUGUGCCACUGCCGGUUUACUAG